AUGCAUGGUGAUUCAAACGAUGCCCCGCAGAAGAUACUUCCGCUGGCCAGGGCCGCUAGACCAUCCACAUCUGCUGCUGCACGUUGGCAAGCAGUUGUGAGCCGCGAUGCAACGGCCAAUACAUUCGUCUACGCCGUCCUGACGACAAAAAUAUACUGCCGCCCAUCCUGUCCAGCUCGCCUUGCCCGCCGGGCCAAUGUCAGAUUCUACGACACACCCUCACAGGCAGAAUCAGCGGGGUUCAGGCCCUGUAAGCGCUGCAAGCCGGAAACGCAUUGGGCGGCAAAUCCACAAGUCCAGUUGAUACAAAAGGCUUGUGAAACCAUCAAUUUGGAAGUCCUAAACGGCUGCAAACCGACGCUUCAGAAGCUGGCCAGCGAGGCCAACCUGACGCCCAGUCAUUUCCAUCGCAUUUUCAAAAAGGUCAUGGGCGUGACGCCGGGGCAAUACUCGGCUGCUGCUCUGGAUUGUCGGAAUCGAAAUGUCUCGGUUGACUCUGGCCUAGGUGAGGAUUGGAAUGUGAACCGGCCCCUUGGUGACGAUAGCGUCUGCUACGAGCCUGACCCAUUCGGCGCUUUGAAUGAUUCCCGUGCUUCGACCACCAACGAUGCUGUUGUUUGGAAUGAAUUUGAUGCUGUGUUAGCUGCGGAAAAUGAGUAUAUUCUGUGGCCAGAUGAAGUAAAAUAG